CUUGAGGAGUUUGGUACCAGCACCCCGCCCAGAACGGUGCCGCUGCCCAAAUCCUCGCAGGCAGCUCAUCAAGGCACUCGCAGCUCCGGGGAAAGCCCGGGACCUGCACGCCUGGGCUUCUGGGGGUCCGUCUGCCCGGCCACCUGCCCGUGGCCCCUCUCCCCCUGCAGCCUCCCCUCCCCCCGGGGAGCCCCACCUGGCAGAAGCGCGGCUGCCUCCCAGCCCCCCUGGGACACUCAGCAUGCGUCCCGCCGGCUUCAGGAACUUCUUGCUGCUGGCGUCCUCCCUUCUCUUCGCGGGACUGUCAGCUGUUCCCCAAAGCUUCUCGCCAUCCCUGAGAAGCGGGCCGGGCGCCGCGUGCAGGCUGUCCCGGGCCGAGUCGGAGCGCCGGUGCCGGGCGCCCGGGCAGCCCCCAGGGGGCGCUCUGUGCCACGGCCGCGGCCGGUGCGACUGCGGGGUCUGCAUCUGUCACGUGAGCGAGCCGGGCGUGUACUUCGGGCCCCUGUGCGAGUGCCACGAGUGGGUGUGCGAGACCUACGACGGCAGCACCUGCGCAGGCCACGGAAGGUGUGACUGUGGCAAGUGUUUGUGUGAUGAAGGCUGGUCUGGGGAUGCUUGCCAGUACCCAACGAAGUGUGACCUGACCAAGAAAAAAAGUAACCAAAUGUGCAAGAAUUCUCAAGAUGUCAUCUGCUCAAAUGCAGGUACAUGUCACUGUGGCAGGUGUAAGUGUGAUAAUUCUGAUGGAAAUGGACUCGUUUAUGGUAAAUUUUGUGAGUGCGAUGAUAGAGAAUGCAUAGAUGAUGAAACAGAAGAAAUAUGUGGAGGCCACGGCAAGUGUUACUGUGGAAACUGUUACUGCCAGGCUGGUUGGCAUGGAGAUAAAUGUGAAUUCCAGUGCGACAUCACCCCCUGGGAGAGCAAGAGAAGAUGCACAUCUCCAGAUGGCCAAGUCUGCAGCAACAGAGGGAUUUGCGUGUGUGGUGAAUGUUCUUGCCAUGACGUGGACCCCACUGGAGACUGGGGGGAUGUGCACGGGGACACCUGUGAGUGUGACGAGAGAGACUGCAGGGCUGUCUACGACAGGUACUCUGAUGAUUUCUGUUCUGGUCAUGGCCAGUGUAACUGCGGAAGGUGUGACUGCAAAGUGGGCUGGUAUGGGAAAAAGUGUGAGCAUCCACGUUCCUGCCCGCUGACGGCCGAGGAGAGCCUCAAGAAGUGCCAAGGAAGUUCUGCGCUGCCUUGCUCGGGGAGGGGUAAAUGUGAAUGUGGCAGGUGCACUUGCUAUCCUCCUGGCGACAGCAGGGUCUACGGCAAGACGUGUGAGUGUGACAAUCGCCGCUGUGAAGACUUGGAUGGCGUGGUCUGUGGAGGCCACGGCUCGUGUUCCUGCGGCCGCUGCCUUUGCGAGAGAGGAUGGUUCGGGAAACUCUGCCAGCACCCACGGAAGUGUAACAUGACGGAGGAGCAGAGCAAGGGUCUGUGUGAAUCAGCAGAUGGCACACUUUGCUCGGGGAAGGGUUCUUGUCACUGUGGAAAGUGCAUUUGUUCUGCAGAAGAAUGGUAUAUUUCAGGAGAAUUCUGCGACUGCGAUGACAGAGACUGCGACAAACAUGAUGGUCUCAUUUGCACAGGGAAUGGAAUCUGUAACUGUGGAAACUGCGAAUGCUGGGAUGGAUGGAACGGAAAUGCAUGUGAAAUCUGGCUCGGCACAGAAUAUCCUUAACAAUUGCAUGGCAGAGAACUGGAUUCUUAUUUUCUUAGACCAUUAGAACAUAUCAAUGCAGAGGAAAUCAUGUAUAAUCACCACUAGGACAGGUCAAACAGACUAUUGUAUGUUUUUCUAUUUCUGAAUGCCUGAAGGAAAUCUUGGGUACCCAUUAAAAAUGAGUUUAGCAAAUCAUUUUGUAAAUAACGCCAGAAAGAAUAUUUUUCUACCAUCAUUUACAUCUAUUAUUCUCAACAGGGGCCACUUUGCCACCCAGAAAACCUUUGGCAAUGUCUACAGACAAUUUUGAUUGCCACACUGGGUGGGGUGGGAGGAGGUGAGAGGGCGUGCUAUGGGCAUCUGAUGGGUAGAGCCCAGAGAUGCUGCAAACAUCCUAUGGUGCACAGGACAGCCCCUCACAACAAAGAAUCAUGUGACUUUAAAUGUCAAUAGCACCUUGAGCUGAGAAACACUGAAUUACAUGGUUGUUAGAAAUGCACAUUUCUGUAUGAGAAAGACCAUGUUAGAAUCUAAGGAAUUACCCUCACAUAAAUCCAUUACUCAUAUUUUGUCAGGAUUCCAUAUCCCUCAGCGUUUCAUAUGGAGACACGGGGUGUACAAACACACACGGCAUAUGAAGAUGGGGCAGAAACUACAUCACCAGUGCUUUGGGAAAAAAAAAAAAAAACCCAGUCAUUUUAACCAUUAAAUCAUUUGUCUAGUCCCACCUUAAACUCACACAAAAAAGGCUCUCAAGAUGAAGGGAGAUACUAUGAAAAAUGUACAAUUCAACAUUUUUAAUAAAUAGUGAUGUUAAGUUGUUUA